GGUGCACUCAUUGUCGCCUCGGAGCUUGAGAGCGAGUGAGCAACCAGCCUUGGUGGUGUGUGUGUGAGAGAGAGAAGGAAAGAGAGAGAGAAAGAGAGAGAGAUUGGGCCUGACUGUAAUGACUAAAAGCAUCAGACGACUCAGCUGUUACAGCCCAAGAGUGUGUGAGUGAACGAGGGAGUGUGUGCGAGUGUGUGUGAGCGCGAGCGCGCAAGACAGAGCGAGAGCGAGCGCGAGAGAGAAGUGCAAAAAAGGGAAGAAGGGAAGAAGGCGGCAGAAAAAAGGGAAGGAUACCACAAGCAUGCUGUGCUGUAUAAGAAGAACAAAGCCGGUGGAGAAGACCGAAGAUGCUGACCAGGAGAUCAAGCAAGAUGGCACCAAACCAGAAGACAAAGCCCACAAGGCUGCUACCAAGAUUCAGGCAAGCUUCCGUGGACACAUAAUCCGGAAAAAAAUGAAGGAUGAUGACAAGGAGGAGGACAGUCCCGCGGCUGAUUCUAAGCCAGAAGAAAACGAGGGAGAAAAGAAAGAGGAGGAGAAAGCUGUUUCUCCCACUGCAGAGAAACAAGACGAAGCUGCCAAGAAUGAGGAAAAAGCCAAAAGUCCCACUAACUCUCCAGCAGCAGAGGACAACAAGGCCGAAGCUCCUGCCACUUCCCCUUCAGAACCUAAACAGGAUGUGAAGGAAGAACCAAAGGAAGCAGAGAAGCCUAAAGAAGCAGAAAGCACUGAGGCCAAUGGCUCAGAGAAGCCAUCAGAGAAUGUAGAUGCAGAAAAGAUAGAGGAGGAAAAGGAGGAGGAGAAGGCAGAAGCCAAACAAGCCGAAGUGCCUGCCACUGCUAACGAGACAGCCGAUUGUGAAGCUGAAGAUAACCAGACGCAAGACAAACCAGAUGCUGCAGAAGACUCCGAGCAGGCAGAAGGCGGCGAAUCAGAGGCGGCGAAGGAAGACGACAAGGGCGAGAGCGCUUAAAGAGAACCGGAGAAGUAACACGAUAAGAGAUCAUUACAAAAAAAAAGAAAAAAAAACAAAGAAAAAGAAAAACGGUUGCUCUUUGCCCUCUGAUUGUGGAGAUGGUCCGUUUUAAUUCGUUUGGUCCUAUAUAUUUUCUUUCUCGUGUGGCAAAAUGAAUUUCUUACAUCUACGGGUGGGGUUUGUCCAGGGGCGGUGGGGGAAG